GCUGCACUUCCCCACAUCCAACACCCACACCCACACCCACCCACCGACCCUCGAUCCCUUCGCCGACAUUGACAUCGGCCACACCAAAACAUCAAACAUCCUCUCCCAUCCGCCAUACCCAUACCCAUACCCUUACCCAUAGACUCCACUCUCGAAAUCCUCUGACCACCCGUAAACUUACGACAGAGUCGAAUUCGACAAGAGGUAAAGUAGUCUAUCAACACUUCUUGACCGAAUCCGAAUUCAUCUCCCCUCGCCUUGUCUCGAUUCGUGUAUCCUGUCAUCUACCCUCGGAAUCCUCACUUUUCUCGCCAUCCGCCUUUCGACAGCCUCUUUCGAAGCAACCCUCCCCCACCCAACUCGAUUGGGAUACGGUAUUUUGGGUAGGAGGAUUGGGAUUGGUAUCGGGGAAUGUUGUUCUCAUUUGACGAUUGCAACGCUGUGAGCACUUGCCCAGGUCAAUAGGGAUGACUAUACAACCGUUGGACCACCCGGAGACCAUCUUUGACGAACCCUUCGAUCAUUCCAUCGCGCAGCCUCACGACAUACCCGUCUACUCAAAUCUCCGUUCGCUAUGCGAAUAUCCUUGAAAUGGCAUAAACCCGACAAUGUCGCAGGUUCUUCAGCGCCUGCGAUUAUGGUCGGGUGUUUUGUGGCAACAGGAGGCCUUCUUUUUGGUUAUGAUACAGGGUGAGUGAGGGACAAGAGAAGAGAUGGAAGAGAGAGGAGCUUGAACAUCUUGACUAACAAGAGAAUAGUACAAUCUCGGGGAUUUUGGCUAUGAAGGCAUUUCGAAAACAAUUCUCGACUGGUUAUAUCGAUCCCAAGGAUAAUCUGGGUCAACUUACUCCGGCGGAAUCGGCUUUGGUCGUGGCUAUCCUCAGUGCUGGUACAUUUUUUGGAGCGUUAUUAGCGGCACCUUCUGGUGAUGGGUUAGGUCGAAGAAUGUCUUUGAUCAUUGCGGUGGCUAUUUUUGCUUUGGGUAUACUGCUUCAAACAAUUGCGAUGGGUCUUCCCGUUUUAGUAGCGGGUCGGUAUGUCCACUUCCAAAAAUCGGGGCACAUGUACCGUAAAACUGAUAAUAUUUUGAUAGCUUCUUUGCCGGGCUUGGAGUGGGGUUUAUAUCGGUCCUUGUACCUUUGUAUCAGUCAGAAAUGGCCCCAAAAUGGAUACGAGGAACCCUGGUUUGCGCCUACCAAUUCGCGAUUACCAUUGGACUUCUCCUAGCCGCUAUGGUUAACAUUCUUACCGAAGGAAUAGAUGGAGCCAACGCUUUUCGAAUCCCUUUGGCCCUCCAGUUCUUGUGGGCGGGUAUCCUUUUACUCGGAUUAAUGCUGCUACCCGAAACCCCACGUUAUCUCAUCAAACGAGGUCUACAUAAUGCGGCCGCUUUAUCACUAAGUAGACUUCGUCGCCUGGAUAUUACUCAUCCAGCCUUGAUCGAAGAACUUGCCGAGAUUGAAGCAAAUCAUGAAUAUGAAUUGAGUUUGGGUACUGCGAGUUAUCGAGAUGUUUUCCUCGGUUCGCCCCAUCUGGGUCGUCGAUUACUGACUGGUUGUGGUUUGCAAAUGCUUCAACAACUAUCAGGUUGUAAUUUUGUGUUUUACUACGGUACUACGUUUUUCACCACCAUUGGCAUUCCAUCCCCAUUUGUCAUCUCUCUUAUUACCAACGUUGUCAACGUUGCUUCUACAAUCCCAGGAAUGAUUCUUGUCGAAUCACUAGGCCGUCGUCGACUUUUGAUGUUUGGUGCCGGCGGGAUGUGUAUAACCCAACUCGUCGUUGGUACUGUUGGAUCCAUUGAGAACAUCAAGACUAGCGCCAACAUUAUACUGAUAGUGUUUGUCUGUUUUUAUAUCUUCUUUUUCGCAUCAUCUUGGGGUCCAGUCGUUUGGGUGGUUACCUCGGAAAUCUACCCUUUAAAGGUUCGCGCCAAAUCCAUGUCGAUAUCUGUAGCAUCCAACUGGAUUCUCAACUUCGCCAUCGCUUACGGGACACCUUACCUCGUCAACACGGGUCACAAUCUCGCCAACUUACAAACCAAGAUCUUCUUCCUGUGGGCUUUUUUCUGCUUCCUCUCCAUGAUAUUUGUCUGGGCCAUGGUAUUCGAAACUAGUAAAAUCAGUCUGGAGCAGAUUGACGAGUUAUACGAGAGGGUUGAUAAAGCGUGGCAUAGUCGAAAUUUCCAGCCUUCCUGGAGUUUCCAAGAGAUGAGAGAUGAGGGUGCGGGCGCAAGCGGGAUCCAACUUGAGGCAUCCGCAGAGCAGGAUCUAGCGCGCCAGCGGACGGGGACCAGUGCCAGUGCGACGAGUACGGUGAGUAUGAGUGAUGAGGACAAGAUCAUUACGCAAUUGGGGGAUGUGGAUUUAAGUUAUUAA